CAUUUUUGUACAUCGCCGAGCCCGAAUUUUUGAAGAAGAUGACUGCUGAUAUUAGAGGUAAGAAUUGGGGCAAAGCUAGUGUUUUUAAUCGCGACAGAAAACCUAUGUUUGGAAAUGGCCUUAUUACCAUUGAAGGCGACGAUUGGGUUCGACACCGACACAUCAUCACCCCGGCAUUCUCCCCUGCCAACUUGAAGGCGAUGGCAAGUGUAAUGGCGGAGUCGGCCGCUGGCAUGGUCCGGCGGUGGGGCGAAAUGAUAAACUCCGGCGACGGCGAGGCGGAGAUCGACGUCGAGAAAGAAAUGAUCCGAACCGCCGGCGAGAUCAUCGCCCGGUCGAGCUUCGGCAUCAGCUACGACAACGGGAAACAAGUCCUGGAGAAGCUACGGUCUCUUCAAAUCACGCUUUUCAAAUCGAACCGCCGGUUCGUGGGGGUGCCGUUCGGAAAAUUCUUAAACCCGGUUCAGGCAAGGCGGGCCAAGAAUUUGGGGAAGGAAAUCGACCGUCUUCUGUACAAGAUAAUCGAGGACCGGCGCGCCGGCGCCGGAGGACCGCCGGCCGCCGGAAAGGAUCUCCUCGGAUUGCUGGUGGCGCCGGAGAAUCAGAAGACGGCGCUGACGACGGCGGAGCUGGUGGAUGAAUGCAAGACGUUCUUUUUCGGCGGUCAUGAAACGACGGCGUUGGCGCUGUCCUGGACCUUGCUUAUGCUGGCCGUGCACCCGGACUGGCAGGUCCAGCUCCGGGAGGAGAUAGCACACGUGAUCGGGGAUUCCGAGGUUAUCGAUGCCACCAUGGUUUCUGGAUUGAAGAAGAUGGGAUGCGUGAUGAACGAAGUGCUCCGACUGUAUUGUCCCGCGCCGAAUGUGCAAAGGCAAGCAAGGCAUGAUAUUAAAGUCGGCGACCUUGUGAUCCCCGACGGCACAAACAUAUGGAUCGAUGUUGUGUCUAUGCACCACGAUCGCGACCUAUGGGGCGAAGAUGUGCAUGAAUUCAAGCCAGAAAGAUUCGAGAAUGACAUAUUAUACGGAGGGUGCAAUCACAAGAUGGGAUUUUUGCCGUUUGGAUUUGGAGGGAGAAUGUGCAUCGGUAGAAACUUAACCAAUCUUGAGUACAGAGUCGUACUUACGUCGAUUUUGUCUAAAUUUUCAUUUUCCCUUUCUCCUAAAUAUCGUCACUCUCCUUCUAUAAUGUUGUCUCUUAGGCCCCAACUCGGGCUUCCUCUUGUUUUCCGACCACUAGUUUAGAUCGCUUUGGACAAUAUCGGGUUCAGUAAGGAUGUUAGUAAAGU